AUGAGCAAGUCCUGCGCGGGGAUGCUCGAGGCGAUGCUGACGUGCGUGGAGGCGACGGACUGCGUGAAGAAGCACUCGCAGUCGGCGUGCGUGAAGGACGGCGAUAAGUUCCCCGCGGAGUGCCAGAUCGCGAAGGAGGUGUACGCGAAGUGCAAGCGCGGGCAGCUGGACAUGCGGAGCCGCUUGAGAGGGAACAAAGGGUUUUGA